AUGCAAUUUUUACCUCCCUGGAAACAAGGUUCAAUGCUGCCGAAGCAGUGCGAAGCAACAAUAAAUCUCGAUCCGAACAAUCCAUUACAUACUAAAACGUCAGCUUGUGGAGUUGAGCCGUACCAAAUAGUGUCAGAACUAUGUGAGUUCUACGAAGUUCAAUCACUGAAAAUUCAAGACUUGCCAGAAAACGUGUUGAACGGCGAGACUCCAAAUCAUAUUAUGGCUAAUUUCACUACGCCUCUAGUUGGUAAAGUCGUCCCGGGUUCCAGAGUACGUCUAAUAGGUGUAUACACUUGUUUACUAACUGAUCAAAUUAUAAAUAAACAAAUCAAAUCUGCAUACAUACAUGCUUUAGGAGUAGAAUGUUUCAGAUCUGGUCCGAGUAUUUCACUGAACUUCACUUCGUCUUUGAAAGAAGAUAUUUGUUAUUUGGCUUCAACUCCUAAUAUAAAAGAACGAAUAUUUCAAUCUAUCGCUCCUACAAUCGAGGGCCACGAAGAUAUAAAGAAGAGUUUGGCUUGCAUGUUGUUUGGAGGUAACCGUAAAGUCCUUAGAGACGGUAUGACUAUUAGAGGUGAUAUUCAUAUCCUACUGCUUGGUGACCCAUCGACGGCUAAAUCUCAACUUUUACGCUUUGUAUCAAAAGCUUCCCCAAUUUCAGUUUACACUUCCGGUAAAGGGUCAAGUGCUGCUGGGCUUACCGCAGCUUUGAUAAAAAAUCAAAACGGAAGCUACGCGUUAGAAGGAGGUGCUAUGGUUCUAGCAGAUGGAGGAAUAGUAUGUAUUGAUGAAUUCGACAAGAUGCGAGACUCUGACCGAGUCGCAAUACACGAAGCUAUGGAGCAACAAACUAUCAGUACAUCAAAAGCCGGUAUUAACGCGGUCAUUUCAACUGAAUGUGCCGUGCUUGCCGCCGGUAACCCUACCUUUGGGUUUUUCGACUCCACUAUGUCCACGUCGGAACAACACAACUUUGAAUCAACUAUAUUGUCAAGAUUCGAUGCCAUAUGGCUUGUCAGAGAUUUGAGAUAUGAGUCGAUCGACAAGAAAAUCGCUUCUCACAUUUACAAUAUCCACAGAGGAAAUCAUCGGUUUGGAGACAACAUGAAUUCUUCUUCAGACUUGAUUUCCAACUCGUCCAAAAACACUUUCUCAUUUGAGCAUUUGAAACAGUAUGUUCAAUACUGCAAAACUGUUUGCAAACCUCAUUUGUCUGCAAACGCAGCUAAAUAUUUAGAAAAUUUUUACGUUGAAAUUCGAGAACAAGCUCGAGUAUUGUCUAAGAAAAAUAAAAAAACACAAAUACCAAUUACGGUUCGUCAGCUGGAAUCCAUUGCGCGAAUUGCAGAUUCUCUUGCUAAAAUGACGCUUUCCGACGUAGUCACUGAACAAAUUGUUGAAGAAGCCAUUCAAAUAUUUAAACUUUCUACUCUUGCGACUGCAGACACCAACUCUUCCAACAGAGAAUAUUUCACUGAGUUUGAGCUCGCAAGGCUUAAGACCUGUAAAGAUGUCAUAUUAGAACAGGUUCCCAUCGGAUCUAAAAUUAGCAAGUUGACUUUAAGCAGUAAAUUGAAAAGCAAAACUUUCGCCCCUGAUAUUAUCAAAGCUGCUAUUGAGGAAUUGGUGAAAGAUCAGACUCUUAAAGAGCUUGCUAACAAUACAUUAAAACGAAUUAAUGUCGGUAUUUAA